ACUGUAUAAAAGAAGCUGCCUUGAGAUUUCUAAAAUUCAUACAAAACCUUCCUAGGUAAGGAAACUUACCAGAUUUGGCACCAGAUCUUUAGUGAUGGACCCAGAUGGACCAGAAGCAACCUCAGUUUAUUUGGAUUAUUUCUAUGUUACGAGCCAAAAUCCUGAGGCUGAGGAGACCCACUCCCCUGCUCCUUAUACAUCAGUCUUUCUUCCCAUAUUUUACACAGCCGUGUUCCUGACUGGAAUGCUGGGGAACCUCGUCCUCAUGAGUGCGUUGCAUUUCAAACAGGGCAGCCGAAGACUGAUUGACAUCUUUAUCAUAAACUUGGCUGCCUCCGACUUUAUUUUCCUGGUCACAUUGCCUCUCUGGGUGGAUAAAGAAGCGUCAUUAGGACUGUGGAGAACGGGCUCUUUCCUGUGCAAAAGCAGCUCCUACAUGAUCUCAGUCAACAUGCACUGCAGCGUCUUCUUGCUCACUUGCAUGAGUGUUGACCGCUACCUGGCCAUCGUGUGUCCCACCGUAUCCAGGAAAUUCAGAAGGAGAGACUGUGCAUACAGAGUCUGUGCCAGUGUCUGGUUAAUCUCCUGCCUCCUGGGAUUGCCUACUCUUCUGUCCAGGGAGCUCACCCUGAUUAAUGAUCAGCCAUACUGUGCAGAGAAGAGGGCCACUUCAACUAAACUGGCUUGGGCCCUGGUGGCCUUAAUUUUUACCUUUUUUGCCCCUUUGGUGAGCAUUGUGACUUGCUACUGUUGCAUCACAAGGAAGCUGUGUGUCCAUUACCAGCAGUCGGGGAAGCAUAACAAAAAGCUGAAGAAAUCCAUGAAGAUCAUCUUCAUUGUUGUGGCAGCCUUUGUCGUCUCCUGGCUGCCCUUUAAUACUUUCAAGCUCCUGGCCAUUGUCUCUGGGUUGCAGCAAGAACUCUACUUUUCCUCAGCUCUUCUGCAGCUGGGCAUGGAGGUGAGUGGGCCCUUAGCAUUUGCCAACAGCUGUGUCAACCCGUUCCUUUACUAUAUCUUUGACAGCUACAUCCGCAGGGCUGUUGUGCGCUGCUGGUGCCCUUGCCUGAAGAACUAUGACUUUGGGAGCAGCACCGAGACAUCAGAUAGUCACCUCACUAAGGCUCUCUCCAACUUCAUUCAUACAGAGGAUUUUGCCAGAAGGAGAAAGAGAUCUGUGUCACUCUAAAAGGGUGACAUUUCAAGCUCUGUUGGUGGAUUGGAAAGUUAAUUUGGGUCAGCGACAAGGAAGGAAGCAAAGUAUUGCUGAAAGUAUUCGUAUUGCUUCGUAAAUACAAGGAGGAGUUAAAUUUAAAAGAGAGGAAGGACUGAAAAGUCCCUGUGUUUGUGGCUAUAAUUAGGCUGUAUGUUGUUGUUUUGAGCUGAAUGGCCUUAUUUGACCCUUGCCAAUUAAGUUCACUGGGCAAAAUACAAUUCCUAUAGAUCCUUGAACUUUGAGAUAAAGGCUCCUGCUUGGACCAGAUCCUUCCUUUAUGAUUGUUAAUGCACAAUCAGGCACUUUCCUCUCUCAAGAACCAUGGUAACUUGAUCCACACCAGCCUUCAUACUGGGCUCCAAAUUGGACUACAUUUUAAAGGACGCUACCCACUUUCAUCUGUUUUCUAGCUUUGAGGAUGUCUGAGGAUUGUUUACUCAACUCUCAAGGAAGCAGAACCACUGGCCUGAUGUCAAUUUUCAUUUGUAACAGUACAGCUCUAGAGCCAAGAAAAAUGUACAGGGCAGAUGACUUGUAGUGUCAGACUUUGAUCUCAGUCUGAGGGUCUCUCUCCACCAUCUCUAGCUCCCUCUCCCAAUAAAUCUC